CGAAACUGUGAGCCUUCAAUUGUGUCCUUCCCUCCUCCUCCCACCAAUUUCAGCCUCCCCUCUCCGCCCCUCAUUCAUCCAUUCCCACCCCACCUGCAACUUCUCUCCCUGCCUUUUCACCCUAGCCAAUCUAACCUUCUGGACCUCGGGUGAAGAGGAAGGGGCAUAUUCUAUCAGCAUCCAUGGCCCGCAUCACGGAGCCAGGCGAAAACGAUUCAACAAAGUGGAUGCUUCAGAUAGUUGAUAUCGAUAAUAUGGAGGAGGUUCCCAUUAAUGACGGUGAUCAGGUGAGGAGCUCCACCGCAGAAUCUCAAAAUGGGGAGACUUCUUUGAAUGAGAGUGAAAGCAUUGUAAAAAGGAGGAACGAAGCUCAGGGAAAUGUCCCUGGUUUGGGAAGGUCUACGUCCGGAGCUGCAAGAGGGCUUAACAGCUUACGGUUUCUCGAUAGGACAACCACGGGAAAGGAAGGGGAUGCGUGGAAGCCUGUCCAGAAACGCUUCAAGCAACAUGCAGUUGAGGGAAAGCUCUACAAAGAAAAAUUUGGAGUCUGUAUCGGAAUGGGGGAUUCAAAGGAAUUCGCUGGGGAGCUGUUUGAUGCCUUGGCGAGACGCAGAAAGAUUAACACAGAAAAUGGGAUAUCUGAGGAAGAAUUGAGACAGUUUUGGGAAGACAUGACCGAUCGAGACCUUGAUUCCAGACUUCAAAUUUUCUUUGACAUGUGUGACAAGAAUGGUGAUGGAAAACUUUCAGAGGAUGAAGUAAAGGAGGUGAUAAUGUUGAGUGCCUCCACAAACAAGCUAUCAAAUCUUAAGCAACAUGCAGCCGAAUAUGCAGCUUUAAUCAUGGAAGAGCUUGAUCCUGACAAUCAUGGUCACAUAGAGAUGUGGCAACUAGAAACUCUAUUAAGAGGAAUGGUGGGUGGCUCUGAAGAAGGCCCCAAGUUCAACAAGAGAGCCCAAACGCUAUCAAGAACCAUGAUCCCGAAAAAAUACAGGACUCCAGUUAGCAAACAUCUAUCUAAAACCCAAGAAUUUCUCCAGGACAACUGGAAGAGGGUUUGGCUUGUCACAUUAUGGCUCUCCAUAAACUUGACGCUCUUCAUUUGGAAGUUCAAUCAAUACAAGACAAAAAAGGCAUUCAAGAUCAUGGGUUACUGUCUCUGCACUGCCAAGGGUGCUGCUGAGACCCUCAAAUUCAAUAUGGCUCUCAUUCUCAUUCCUGUCUGUAGAAGAACCCUAACUAAGCUCAGAUCAACAUUUCUCAGCGCCUUAAUCCCUUUCGAUGACAACAUAAACUUCCACAAGUUAAUUGCUCUGGCAAUCGCAAUUGGGGUUUUUAUCCAUACCAUAAUGCAUGUAACCUGUGAUUUUCCAAGAUUGAUUUCAUGUCCACCCCGGAAGUUCAGGAGAAUUCUUGGACCUCAGUUCAACUUCAAGCAGCCAACUUAUGGCGACCUGCUGGAAAGUAUUACAGGCACAACUGGGAUUCUCAUGAUUGUUAUGAUGAGUUUCUCCUUCACACUGGCAACUCACUCUUUUAGGAGGAAUGUUAUCAAGCUUCCGUGGCCAUUCCACCAUUUGGCUGGAUUUAAUGCCUUCUGGUAUGCACAUCAUUUGCUGGUCCUCGUCUAUGUUCUCUUGGUCAUCCAUGGCUACUUCCUGAUUCUCAGUAGGAACUGGUACAUGAAGACGACAUGGAUGUACGUCAUGGUCCCUGUACUCUUCUACGCCAGUGAGAGAACACUCACCUCAGUUCAUGAGCACAAUCACCAGGUUGGCAUAAUCAAGGCUACAAUUUACACAGGAAAUGUUCUAGCACUAUACAUGACCAAACCUCCCGGAUUCAAGUACAAGAGUGGAAUGUAUCUGUUUGUCAAGUGUCCAGAUGUAUCAAAUUUUGAAUGGCAUCCCUUCUCUAUCACUUCUGCCCCAGGAAAUGACUACUUGAGCGUCCACAUUCGAACCUUGGGAGACUGGACUACAGAGAUCAAAAAAAGAUUUGCAAAGGUUUGCGAACCUCCAUCUGCACAACCGAAAAAGGGGGCUCUAAUGAGAAUGGAAACCAGAGCAGCAACAGAAACCGGCGAUGUACAAGCAGGAUUUCCAAGGAUCAUCAUCAAAGGACCUUAUGGAGCCCCUGCUCAGAACUACAAGAAGUAUGAUAUCCUCUUGCUGAUUGGCCUGGGAAUUGGAGCUACUCCAUUCAUCAGCAUUAUGAAAGACCUCCUUAAUGACAUCAAGCCAAAUGAUUCGGAUUCAUCCUACAGCGACGCGCAUGAGGCAACUAAAAAGGGUCCUGAAAGAGUGUAUUUCUAUUGGGUGACAAGGGAACAAGGCUCCUUUGAAUGGUUUAAAGGUGUCAUGAACGAUGUUGCAGAGUAUGACCAUGGUCAUAUGAUAGAAAUGCACAACUACUUGACCAGCAUGUAUGAAGAAGGAGAUGCACGGUCUGCACUUAUUGCCAUGGUGCAGUCACUGCAGCAUGCCAAGAAUGGAGUUGAUGUCGUCUCAGAAAGCCGGAUCAAGGCGCAUUUUGCAAGACCCAAUUGGAAAAAGGUGUUUAGUCACUUGGCUAGUACUCACCAAUCUGCUAAAAUAGGUGUCUUCUAUUGUGGAAGUCCGACCCUCGCCAAACCACUGAGGCAGCUCUGCAAAGAGUUCAGUCUAAAUUCAUCAACACGAUUUCAUUUUCACAAGGAGAACUUCUAGAGUAGCAGUCCCAGACAAACUGGGGCACAAAACUGAUCGACUGGUGUGUGAAUGUUUUAUAAUUUGACUGAAAUAUGUAGAGACAUUGUAGGAAGUAAAGCCAAUUAAGUUUUUGAGUGACGGUUCUAAGUUUUGAGGGAUCCUUUACCUUACAGAUACAUAUAUGUUCCUUCUAAGUUUCUAUCUGCAACUACUUCUGCUCCCAUUUACUUUCUGACUCUGGAUAUUGUCCUCUAAAGCUCGUAUAUUCUUGGCCCUUUGAAAUCCUAAAAUUGGCAAGACCUUUUGGACCCACUUGUGUCGCUUGAAUCUUCAAAUUAACGAAACCCACCAUCAACCCAUAUGUUUAUCGAACUUUAUUUCAAAAAUAGCUACAGCAUGGAGAAAUUCCUAACCUUACUAUCCUUCAAUGAUGCAUAUAAAAGGUAUUGUUUUCAUAGCAACAGUGCCAUAACCCCACAACCACAAGGCAAUAUUGUUUUAUUGUUCUCAGGACAAUAAAAACAAAAUUCGA